AAAUUGUAAUACCCUGUGAAUUACACUGCGGGUGCAGUGACCAUAAGUGCCAUACUCACAACUCACAAGCAUUUCUCCAUUAGUCCAUGAAGUCUGCGAAUUCUUGAUUUUAAUAAUUGUAUACCACUCAAUCUGCAGUGACAGCUUUAAAAGCUGGUGUUAAUACAAUACUUAAUUACAUUAGUUAUCUCACGAUAAUAAUAUGAAUGCAUUCUGUUUAUGUCCACGCGUAAUAAUUCGCGCGCACAUGCCCAUGACGAUUGAUUCGCUUGGCAAACGAUACAUUAAACGACACGUCGCUCCCACAUUUAAGGAAAUUGGGAAGCGAAAAAAACAACUCUGUGCACCAUUAGAACCAGUUCGAAGUUCCUUUCUAGAGUGGAACUAUGAUGCCGAGAUUUAUGCAUUUAAUCAACGACUCACAGAAAAAUUUGACAGUAAAUUGCUGGUUCGUGCGUUAACUCAUCGCUCAUAUGUUGUGCAGCAAGAAAAUGAGGAAAGAAAGGUCGGCAUCGAAGAUCAUCAGAUCACCAUAGAUGACAACCAAGAACUGAUCAACGUGGGUUCGACUUUAACUUCUAAAAUUGUUAAAAUUUAUUUGAGUCUAGCACUACCUCGAGCACCGAAAGAAUGUAUUCAAGCCUGUCACGAUCAUCUCUUAACAGAAGAAGUAUUGGCAAGAAGUUCUUUAUUGAUUGGCACAAAAGACAUUAUUCUCACUGAGGAAUCUCCUCCGUUACAAUCUACUUUAGCCAAUACAUUUCUAGCGCUUGUCGCUGCUCUUUCUAAGAGCACAAACGAAGUUCACGCCGGUAAAUUUGUGCGAGAUUUUAUUCUUAUGACUCUAACGGAGCGUGAUCUCGCUGAACUAUGGUGCCCGGAAAAUCCUAUCAAAAUUCUAAAUAAAAUUCUUGCAAACGAAACAAAAGAACCAGUGGAACCUCGAUUAAUCACGCAAUGCGGUGUCAAUUCAGUUCUGCCAGCUUACCAAAUUGCUCUUUACUCAAAAAAAGAAUAUCUUGCUGAAGGUAUUGAAACUUCGGUAGAAAAAGCUAUGCGUGUAGCGUCAUUGAAUGCACUUUAUGAUAUGUUUGGCAUUUCAUCCUCGAGCAAACCCAUCGCAGCUAACAUCAUUGUUGAUCCAUCAUCUAAUCCUGUUGAAAACUUGCCGCUUAAUGAGUGGUGUACAAGAAAUGCCACCAAACUAAUGGAGAAAAGAAGUGUUUAAUAAGUGAUCUGUUUAACUGUUUUAUUUUGUAUUCAAUAAAAUUAAUAAAUAUAUAACUGUUCAGAUCGUUUUUUUGUACUAGAUUUGUACAAAACAAGUUCUGUGGAUUUAUAAACGGA